GAGUACAGUGCAAGACUACAAGCACUCAUCGGAUAUAUCUCUCGGAUAGCCAGUCUGAGAGAGAGAGAAGAUUCCGAGCAGUGGACAAAUUUAGAAUGAUGAUUGUCGUUGACACCAUCGUAACGACGGUGAUGAGUGUAUGGAAGGCAUCAUCCGAAGAACUUUCCCGGGAAAACCUCUAUGGUGGCUGGGCAACGCUUAUUGUGCUGUUUAUUUUAUUGAUGCUUUGGCAGUUUAGUAGGUUUUUCUUGGCCUAUUGUUCUCCAUCCAAAUCCGUUUUGGUUUCAGAUUCUUUCCGCCCAAUGAAUUCCAGGAGCAGAAUAUCAGAAUUUGUGACAGAUGCAGAUUUGAAGUUUUUAAUGGAAAACUUGGAUGAGUUGUUCCAUGAAAAUGAUAAGUGGGAAGCUGUCAUAGAUAAAAGCAACAAGAAUCUGUCCUACUAUGCAAAAUGCUGUAAGCCAAAGGAUGGUCCUCUGAAGUACUUGAGCAUGACUGUAUUUGAUGAGGUUUCACCUGAGGUGCUAAGGGAGUUCUACUUGGACAGUGAUUACAGAAAGAAGUGGGAUAAGACUGUGGUUGAGCAUGAGCAACUGCAGGUGGAUAAAUCUAGUGGUAUUGAAGUUGGCCGUACGAUAAAAAAGUUUCCUCUUUUGAGCCCCAGAGAAUAUGUGCUGGCUUGGAAAUUGUGGGAGGGAAGGGAUAAAACAUUCUACUGUUUUAUAAAGGAAUGUCAGCAUCCUUUGGCACCAUAUCACAGAAAAUAUGUACGGGUUAAAUUUUUCAGAUCUGGCUGGCGAAUUAGAAAAGUACCUGGUAGAAAUGCCUGUGAAAUCACGAUGUUCCAUCAAGAAGAUGCUGGUUUGAAUACGGAGUUGGCAAAGCUGGCUUUUGCUAGGGGCAUAUGGAGUUACGUGUGCAAGAUGGAUGAUGCACUCCGCAGGUAUUCCAGUCGAUCAAGUUCAGUUACCACUUCAGCCAACCUAAUGCAGAAGGUACCAACUCACUUAGACACAAUUCAUAGCAAUGGUGCACAUCCUACUAUACUCCAUGAACAUGUCACGGACGAGUCUCGUAAGAAGACACUAUUUAAAAGGCCAUCAGGAAAGUUCGUAGCCAAUAGUUUGCUGCUUGUUGGGGGUGCAAUCUGCCUGUCUCGAGGUCACUCUAGCCUUGGCGCAAAAGUAGCCUUGGCUUACAUGUUAACAAAACUUGGCAAGCACAGUGCUAAAUCGAACCCGAAUGAGCAACAUCAAGGUAGAUGACUUGAUGCACUGUAAGAAGUGAAAAUAAUUUUUUUUUUUUUGUGUAAAUAUUUUGACCUGAGAAUUACUUCAUAGCUUUUCUGUGGCUGACAGCUAUAAGUUGAUGAGUCCAACAUGUCAUUACAACUUCUUUUUUUUUUUUUAACAAACAAAAUAAUGCCAUGAGCAUACUUGGUGUAAAUAUUACAAGAUGUUUCAGUGUUAUAAAUAUUACAAGAUGUUUCGGUGUUAUGUGAGAGUGAAUAUGGUUUGUGAUGAUGCCAUGAGCA